AUGAUAAGAUCAGGGGACAGAAAUGUUAUUGUGAUAGCCUUAGCCUGUGCCUCUGAGCUACAGAUUGAGGUGUAUGUAGCAUUUUCAAAAGGCAAAACCUAUCACUACAUUCCAGAUCAUGCGAUUGCUAGAGCACUAGGACCACAAAGAUCAUGUGCGCUGCCAAUGUUCCACACCCAUACUGAAACUGAUACCAUGCCUGGAGUUUACCAUCAGAGCAAGGUGACCGUUUUCAAGCAAUGGAACUUAUGUAAUGAUCUAACAGGUGUCCUUUUGACUCUAGUAGAUCACCCAUCAACCGUAACAACAACAGAAGUUAUGGGCACAAUUGAGAGGUUCAUUAUCGUAGUUUACCAGCCUACAAACAGCGAGACAAAUCUCAAUACCAUGCGCAGGCACAUGUUCACUCAUGACAGAUGGAUACCGAUAGAUUACCUCCAACAUGCGAUGCAGCACUCUAUAAUGUCAUGCUCCAAGGAGCACAUGUAUGGGGGCAAAGGGAUAUAUUGGAUCCAGUUCUUCCUUCAACAAUUCCUAAACCAAUGGAAUGGUUUAGGAGCGCAUCAGGAUUGGGCGUACCCAGAUGGACGAUACUGUCGCAAGCAUCCGAGUUACACUGGAUGGUAUCCACAAAAAAUGAAGUACAAAAGCACAAGAGGGGGGAGUUCUAGGUUGUCAUUUGAGGAUGCCUUAUUAUCAGGAUUUCAACCGGAUGGAGGAAUAUUGCUGCCAGAAAGUAUACCAAAGGUAUCUAAGGAAACCCUUCUGUCGUGGUCUAAGCUAAAUUUUGUUGAACUGGCUAAAGAAAUUCUGCCACUCUACAUUGAUGAGUCUGAUGUCCCCCGAGAAGAUUUAAAUGGUAUUUUAGAGCGUGGAUUCUCCAGAUUUAAGCAUCCGGAUAUUGCACCUAUUGCCAAACUAAAUGAUGGCCUCAACAUAAUGGAGCUAUUUCAUGGAGUAACCCUCGCCUUCAAGGACUUGGCACUUUCAUGCGUUGGACAGUUUUAUGAAUAUUUUCUGGAAAGGAAACAAAAACAUGUAACUGUAGUUGUAGGUACAUCCGGGGACACUGGGAGUGCCUCAAUAGAAGCUGUGAGAGGAUUCAAGUGGGUUGAUAUCAUAGUUUUACUCCCUAGAGGGCGCACCUCUAGAGUCCAGGAGUUGCAGAUGACAACUGUAUUGGAGGACAACGUACAUGUAUUUAGAGUUGACGGGACAUCCGAUGACCUUGACUACCCAAUUAAAAGAUGCUUUACCGAUGCGAAGUUUGCAACGGAGAACAGUCUCUGCAGCAUCAACUCAAUCAACUGGGCUAGGAUUGUCAUUCAGAUUGUUCACAUCUUUUACGCCUACUUUAGGGUUUGUACAUCAAUUGGGGAAUCUGUUGAGAUUGUCAUUCCUACAGGAGCGUGUGGAAAUGUAACAGGGGGUUGUGUGGCUGUAAAGAUGGGCCUGCCAGUACAGUUUGUUUGUGCCGUAAAUGAUAAUGACAUUGUCGCAAGAACCAUAUCAUCUGGCGAGUUUUCUAAAUCGGAGGUUGUUGUGCCCACAAUCUCCCCAGCAAUGGACAUACAGGUGCCCUACAACAUGGAGCGUAUCUGGGUUUUGUUCAAUGAUAUGGACAUCACUCCAGUGAAACAACUCAUGGAGGAAUUUGAGGAAAAGGGCUCAGUAAAUGUGCCACAGCAACUGAAAAAUAAGAUCUCCAGUGUGAUCUCUGGGUACAAGUGCACUAAUGACUUGGUGAAGGCAACCAUGAAGCGAUGCCAUGAUGAGAAUGACUAUCUAGUUUGUCCCCAUACGGCUGUGGCUGUGUCAUACCACUACCACCAGAGAGAUAGUCAAGAUGAAAAGUCCACCAUUCCUCAAGUUGUCAUAGCAACAGCAUCACCAGCAAAGUUUGAAGAGGCUGUUCUGGCAGCUGGGCUUACUCCCCAACCAACUGAAGGUAUUCUGGCAUUGGACUCCCUCCCCACAAGAUAUGUCGAUAUGGAGGCAAACAUGGACUGGGAUUUGAUGCUGAGAAAUAAGAUUAAGGAAAUUACAAAACGGUGCAGCUAGUGCUAGGCACAAAUUACAUGAAUGUUCAUUACCAGGUAGUCUAGCUACAAGCCCUUUUCCGACACAGUUGUUAGAGUAGACAGUCCAGGGUAUGAAGCAAGACUAAUUACCAGGGAUAAUGAUAUAUACAUGUACAUAUAUGUCAAUAUCAGUAUUUAAUAAACUUAAUGUUUAGUCAAUAACUUUUUAAUGCUUGGUAUUUAAUUUCCACAUGUAUCGAUGUACAAAAUUAAAAUGUAAAUAAACAAUGAAAUGUAAGAUGUGCCAUAUAAUUUGUGAUUAAUCCGGUGCCAAAUAUAUAUUAUAUAUAUAUUUAUUUAGACCAUGUCAUACUUUUAAAAUACCAUAAAUGUACAUUAUAUAUAUAUACAUAGAUGACAUUUAUUAUCAGUAUUUAAUAGAGUGUCAUAAUUUAUUUAGUCAAUGAUUUUUAAAUGUUGAGUACUUAAUUUUCAUAUGUAUU